AUGGCCACUCACUCUACCAUCACAGGACCCUUCCGCCUCCUUGACCUUCCCGCCGAGCUGCGAAACAAGAUCUACUACUGGGCCCUCCCCGUCGAGGUCACCCCAUACGUGUGCCAACACAACGCCGUGCACCACGCCACGUGCUCGGACUGCAACACAGCGACCGACCUCCCCGCCCCAAACCCCGCCGCAAACCUCCUCGCGACCUGCCGCCAGAUCCACGACGAGGCCCUCCCCAUCCUGCGCAAGUACACGACCUUGUACCUACCCGUACAGCCGUGGUGUCCCAUCCCGCUCGUCCUCUGGCCCGCGCUCUACUUCCGGAACAUCCUCAUUGCGCCCGUCAACAACUGCGAACCCCUCGACGUGGCGGCGCUGGCGGCGCUCUUCGACGGCGUGUUGACGCGGAUGCGGGUGCGGCGGAGCUAUGCGCAGGUGCAGCGCAUCGCGGUGCAGCUGUACGCUUUCGAGGCGUUUGGGCAGAUGAUGGGGGCGAUGAGGUGGGAGAAGGCGGUGGCGGGAUUUCAAGAUAUAACCAAAGCGUGGCCAUAUCUGCCGGUAAAGUUGGAGUUUGUGGUGCUUGCGGUGAGGAAGGAGGCGACGGUGUGGGAGAAGAGCGAGAAAGGGGUGGAGUUGCGGAAGAAGUGCGCGGAAGGUGGGAUGGGGUUGGAAGUGAGGGAAAGAGCGGCCAAGACGGUGGAGGUCUUGGUGGGGAAGUGGUGCGUUUGCUCGGCGGAGGCAUACUGCAUGGACGUCAAGCGGAGGUUCCGGGAGGCGCCGGGCAGCGUGCCGUGGAGAGAGAUCGUAAGGAUGAACGAGUUUGAGAAGAAGAACCGGGAGAAGAUGGAGGAGUUGGAGAGGAGGGGAUGA